CCGGAUACAGGCUUCGAAAAAACGUUGUUGCCGCAUGGAAGAGCAUGGCGGCGAUGGCGCCGGCCUGUCGCUGGACGAGCUCAAGAGCAACCUCUUCUCGACGCUGCAGAAGGAAGGCGCGAUCGACCAGAUCCGCGUGCAUCUGCGCACGACGUUUGUGCAGAAGCUGCAGAAGCGGGCCGCCACCAUGAAUGCGUCGACGCACGAGUGCACGCUGCUCGAGAAGGUGGCCAACACGCUCCUCUGCGAGUACUUGCGCACGAAGCAGCUCAAGCACACGCUCUCGGUGUUUUUGCCCGAAGUCGGCCCGCGCAACUGCGAGCUCGAGCCGGCCAUGGUCGCCAAAAUGCUACGACUGCCAACGACACCUGCGUCGCCCGCCGGCCUCCUCGAGAUGCUAUCGCAGGUCGAGCGUUCAGCGUCGACCUCGACACACGAGAUGCAGACCCAAACCCACGACGAAGACCGUCGCUACAUCCUCGAGUCGGAGCUCCAGCGCAUUGACGCCAUCUACGUGGCACAGAGCCAUGCGCAGAGAGAGCAGCCGGCCAAGUCGUUUGAGGACCGCAUCCUCCAGUACCAGCAAGAAUACGACCGCAUGACCCAAGCCCAUGUGGCCCAAGAGAUAACUCGCAUUCGCGACACGGAGAUCGCCGUCAUGCGCGUCGACGAGCGCAAGGCGUAUCUGCACGAGAUCGAGAGUGUCCGGAGCACGCUUCAGACCGAGUUUACCGCCAAGCAGGCGGCGUUGGACGAGGCCGAGCGGUCGCUCCAUCUCGCGUAUCUUGAGAAGCAGCGCCAAGCGGAGCUCGACUUGUUUGAGCUGCGCCAAACACUCCUCAAGGAGAUGGACGCCGUGCAGACAAAAGACCGACAGCUCUCGUCGCUCAUCGACGACGAGAGCCGCAAGUGGCAGACGGAAAAUCGGCGCCUCACAGUGCUCCAGGACAACGUCGCAGCCCGCGAGGCGCACAUGGUCGCGACGAUGACGCGUCUCGAAGAAGACAAGGCCACGUACACGGCGCACUGCGAGCGCGAAGCCGCGGCCCGGGUCGCGCGCCAGCAAGCCGACCUCGAUGCCCUAUCGGCGCGGCUCGCCAACGAGACCGAGAGUCUCCGCCGCGCGCAGUCGGAGCUCACGGCGUUCCACUCGAAAAUGGCGUCGCUUGAAGUCGACGUCUUGACACUGCGCGGAGCCGAAGCCGACUUGAAGCUACAACUCGAGCACGCAACGCUCGAGCUCACGCACCAAAAGCGCCACGCCGCAUCGCUCCAGAGCCAACUGCAACAAACAGCAGCCGAGUGUGACAGCGUCCGCGCGCAGUGCAGCUGCCAUCUCGAGACCAUCGCCCGCCUUGAGCGGGAGGCCAAAGCGGUCACCAGCGUCGCCGAUAUGCAUCGUAAGGAGCUCGACGACCGCGUCCACGCGCUGCAAACCGAGCUGCAUACCGCUCGCGCAAGCCACGUGGCCCUGCGAAUGGAGAGCGCCGAAGCGCUCAUUGCAGCAAAAGAGCAGCUGCUCGCUGCCCACCACGCCGACCAAGAGAGCUGGCUCGUCCGCGAGCAGCGGCUUCGGAGCCAGCUGCACGAGCUCGGGGCCAAGUGCGCCGAGAGUGACGCCGCCGUCGGGCGGUACCGGACGCAGCUCGAGGACGAGCAGGUCCACGUCGCGUCGCUCCGCCACGAGGUCGAGAGCUUGAGCGCGCUCGUGACGUCGCUCAAGUGUGCCGUGCCAGCGCGCGAGUACGCACCGCGGUCGUACUACGAGCCCCGGGGCACGCAGUGGACGCAUCCGCCGUGGCAGGAGGCCCGUGCCCCGGCCAGCGCACCCCCUCCGCAGCCAGUGCGAGUGCCAGUCGAGACGCGGUACAUAGAAAGAGAGCAUGAGAAGAGCGAAGCACCGCCGACGCUGCAUCGUGCCGACGAUGACGCAUGGCGCAAGCAUCAAGAGGACCUCGCGCGGGAAGCUGAGCGGGACCUUCAAGUCCGCGAGCUUGAAGCGCGGCUCGAGGCCGCAGCGCGCGACGCCGAGGUGGCGCGCUUGGAAGCGCAGCGGCAGCGCGACGAAGAGCGGGCGGCGGACGCGCGCAAAGUUCUCGAAGACCAGCGAGCGCGCGAGGAUGCGCUGGCUACGCAGCAAAAGGCGACCGAAGCAGCGCUCGCUGCGCUUCAGCGGCAGGAGGCGGACCGCGAGCGGGAAGCGCGCGAGGCGGAAGCGCAGCGAGACCGUGAACGCGCUCGCGAGGCUGAAGCGCAGCGCGAUCGAGAGCGUGCGGCACAAGAUGCGCUGCGCGAGCAGCUCGCAGCUGAGAAGGACCGCGUGCUCGCUGCCAAGCGCGAGCUGGAAGCCGCCCGCGAAGCCCAAGUGCGCGAGGCAGAGCAACUGGCUGCGACACGCCAAGAGCAAGAUGCGGCCGACCGCGCUGCGAAAGACGCACGUGAACACGAGGGGCAGCUCGCGGCUGCCCGCGCAGCAAAGGAAGCUCUGGAGCAGCAGGCUGCUCGUGAAGCAUCGGAAGCCCACGCUCGCGAGCUUCGCCAAGCCCAAGACACACAAGACGCGCUGGAGCGCCAGGCCCAUGAAGCCGAGGUGCGCCAAGCGGAAGAGGCCAAGAAAGCAUUCGAGCGUGAAGCGCAGGAAGCAACCGAGCGCCAAGCUCGCGAGGCCCAAGCAACCUCCGAGCGUCUUGCCCGAGAAGAGCAAGAGGCAGCCGAGCGCCAGGCUCGCGAAGACGAGGAAGCUCGCGUGGCGUCGGAGCACCAAGCUCGCGAGGCCCAGGAUGCAGCCGACCUUGCUGCUACCGAGGCUCGACAGGCGGCGGAGGACGAUGCGCGCCGUGCCGAAGCCGAUCGGCAAGCAGCAGCGGAGGAAGAGGAGCGGGCGCGCUUGGUCCACGAGGCCCAGAUAGAGCGUGCGCGACAGGCGCAGGAGGAGGAGGAACUUGAUGCGCUCUCGACACAGCACACCCUGGACGAGGACGCCGUGCGCGAGGCUGAAGCGCGCGACACCGCGGCGCGCGAAGCUCAAGCGCAAGCCGACGAAGCCGCUCGACUCGCGCAAGCCGCACAGCAGCAGGACACGUCGAUCAUCGACGAGUACCGGAUGCGCGCGCUCGCACGCCGGGCCGAGCGUCAGCGCCAAGAGGAAGAGGCCAAGCUGCAAGCCGAGCGGGAGGCCCGUGUCGCAGCAGCGGCGGCGGAAGAAGAAGAGGCUGGGUUCGAGUCCGACGACGCGCUCUCGGUGGGUGGCGGCGACGAUGACGCAGCGGCCAGUGACGAGAGCUUUUGACGCCGACGCAUGGGGCAAGACAGGAUCAUGGUGGCAAAUAUUGUUAGUGUAGUUUUCUACUAUAGUACAAGGGUCUAAUACCUAAGGGUUGGUGUCUAG